AUGGGCGCUUCUAGGGAAAAAAUGGACAUCUACGAGAUCCAGAUCCCCGACUCUCACGAGAUUCUAGUGCACAUUGGCGCCGCGAGUACCGCUCAAGAUGAUGCACGCUAUUGGGCCCAGGUUGCCGCUAUUCUGGAAUUCCAGUGUGCGUCACGCCAGCCACUGAUGGAGAGCAAUUCUCCAGGUCCCGAUCGAGAUCACCCGCAUCCCUUCUCCGCCGAUGCCGCCGUGCAUUCCUCGGUGCCUUGGACGACUCAACACGAGGCUUUGCCAAUAUUGCGGGAGGCGUUACGGCCCGCAUACAUCACCCUAUCUUCGGAUCCUCUUUCGGUCCUUGAAAGGGAUGGCGUCACUCCACGCGAGCAUAUCAUCUCAAAUCAUUCAGACUCCCGAGACUCCCUCGGGAGUCUAAUCAGUGUCAUUCCAGAUUCCCAGCCAGAGAUCGCCCAGGGACUAGUCCAUGCCGAGACAUCUUAUGCAGCACUAUCGCCUCCAUCACAGCUUGCUCCACCUCCACCUCGUAAACGACGUCGCACAGCCCCGGCCUCGCCUGAUCCGGCGAACCCGGUUUUAAUUGCACAUGAAACACCAAUUCCAACUCCUCCAGCGAACCAGCCCGCUGUAUCUCAUAGCGUGACCCUCUUCCAGAACAACCCCACUAGUUUCCCACAAACCCCCAUCGAAAUAUCCAGCUCAGCUCAAGACGAAGAACGCCCAGGUGAAUCCAUCACACACCCUGCUACGCCCUCGCUUCCCAUUCCUGCAAACGCCAACCCCCCUAAUCCUAUCACUCUUUCCACUUUACCCUUCGAGAUCCAUCCCCCAAGACCCCCAAUCUCCACUUCCCCUUUCACUACCCACAUAACCCCAACCCUAUCCAUGCUCACAGAGCGCCUUAACCCAGCACGCACCUACAAACCAUCCACCCAAUCCCGUCCCCUCGACCCCCUAGAACGGGGCUACUGGUUUAUGCAUUUCGCUAUCGAACCACCCCAACACCAGAAUCGAGAUCCACCCGAUCUUCUUACAGACCCAACCCCAACCUCAACCCCAGGCCUCAAGCCUGGAACUACAAGUCUUACUCCCAACGCAAAGCCAAAAGAGAACCUACGAUCCUGGCCCUCCCCGUUCUUCCAUGCCUUCUGGUCCUUUCUCUCGGACUUCGUAGGCAGGGACGGCCGCGCGGGCUGGGGCGUCUGGUGUAUUCUCGAGGCUGCGACGCCAGCCCCGUCAACGAUCUCGUCUGACAUGCACGUCUCUCUUAAAGUCUAUGCGUGGGGUGAGGUCGCUAUGCACGUCUACCUUCUACUCUUCUUGGCGAGUGAGCGGCGGAUUCGUGGGAUGGGUGUUCAGUGGCGGGAUGCGGGGGAGGAUGUUGUUAUUCAGAUGCCAUAG